CCCCUCCCCGGCGGCCUCCGCCGGGGGGUGGCUGGUUCAUCUUCUUUGAAGAGAAGGGUGAAAGACAAGAUGUUGCAGCUGUCGCUUCCCCGUUCGUAUCCAUCGUGCGGCUCGUCAGUCGAGGUGGUAAAUCGCACAGCAGCACGCCAUGCGCGGGUGCGAGGAUCGCAGUCCAAGUGUUUGGGCUACGAAGCCGCGCGCCAGUACAUGCAGCGGGAAUGGCCGGAAAUCAAAACCUCGUGUGUUUCGGGGCCGGGGGCGGGGAAACUGUUUGAGCGUGAGAGCCAUGAUUCUGGUGGACCCGCGUUUUAUUUUUCCAGAGAAGAAAUUCAAACAAAGAGAAAGAUGUUUGCUCUUCGUUCGCGUUCCCCGUACUCCGGAACUAUCGCAGGGGAAGGUUUUCUGAGUGCAUCCUCGCUUACAACGGCCCGGAGAUUUUUGGGUUCGGCCGCGACAGGAAAUUUUGCUGCGACCGCGCGUCAAACGAGUGACGCUCCUGCUGCAAAAGCAGUAGAAGAUGAACCUUCGUCGCGGUUUCUCGACUACGACGCCGCGAGCAGGUUCAUGCAGCAGACGUACCCGGAGGUGAAGACGGUAGACGGGUUUCGUUCGAGAUUUCGCCGCGAGAAACGACCAGCCUUCAUUCCGUCAAACCUCGCGCGCCAGUACAAGGCCCGCGGCUGGGUGUCGUACGCCGACUUUUUCGGACGGGAGGUGGUGCACCCCGUCAAGCCGACAAUACCGCCCGAAGUCUCGCAGCGGGCGGUUGCUGCCCACGAGGUGGCGCACAUCGGCCGAACGUGGUUUAGCGGCCACAUCUCCCGAACGCUCGGCGACACGUUCGAAAUUUUCCACCUGCCGCGCCGAGCCAAAGCCACCUACCUGCUUCGGAGGAAGCACGGCACGGACAACAGUUGGGUCGCAAUACAAGUGAAAGUGUGUUCCGCAUGGUCGCAUCACGGUCUGCGAACGCAGCAGCCGUCGCGCCAAAGCCUGCGGUUCUCGCACGUGGCGGAGCUGCCACUCGGUGUGUCCUACGUCUUUGUGUGCCACGAACCUUCCACCGUGUGCUUUCUCGAUGGCGACGAGCUACCGGCGUUCUUGACGGGGUCGGGAAAGAGCAGAUCCAUGUUUUUGCCGAAGGAUGAGCUCCGGCCGCUGGAUCCGGGAUUCCUAGAGCGGACGGUUUCCAGGUGGUGUGCGGAGAUGCCGAGGAGGACGAUUGACGAGUGGAUCGAGCUAGUUUGCGAGCACCCGCACGACCGGGUGGCGCAUCGCAGUGGAGCGGAGCUGCGAAAGCUUUUGUUCGAUCCGCUCCAGGUGGAACUCACACACCUGCGCUACUCGACGACAGCCCAUCCAUACCGCGGAAACAUUCAGUUGUCCGGGCGCGCGUGUCUGCUGCGGACCUGCUACCGCCAGGAGCGGUACGGGGCCGGAAAAGCGUUUUUGUUUCAACAAAUGAACACCGCACACCGAGCGGUGGAUUUGGAUUUCUACAUUGCAAUCAUACCAGACCGGUCCGCAGAGCGCAUUCGCGGGGUUUUCAUUAUCCCCUUCGACGCACUGAUCCAAAACCGUGCGGCGUUCGCCACUACUUCCAUGAAGUCGAACCAGGACGAUGCAAGGUCGGACGAAAAGGCGGUGGUCGAGCGGAAAUUUCUUCUGCUCUAUCCGCCCAGCAUUCAGAUCGGCCUGAAGCCGCACUCCGAAGUGCGGCAGGUGCUGCAGAGUCAGUACUUUGUAGAUUUCGUCACUAUGAGUCCGUGUGAGCAGCUCGACCGCGCACGGGAGUUGCUUGCACUCCAAGAGAAUCACUUAAAACAAGACCAUGGACUUGGAGACCAUGAUCUUCCUGCAAAUAUCUAGUCAGUACUAUGCGCGGCACAGAAGUUAUGGACAUGGUUAUAGAACAUUGUCUCGCAAGAUUAAGAU